GCAGCGGCCGUGUCCGCUGCCGCCACCAGCCACCGGCCACAGCCAGGCAGCCAGCUCGCGUCGAAGAGGACGACGUGGCCCGCCAAGCUCCCCUGCCAAAAGAAACAGGAGUGCCCGCGUCGUCGCCUAGUCGGUGCGUGGUGGGAGUGGUAUGGAGAGGGGCGCCGCCACGGCCGCCGCGGCGCUCGGCUGCGCCCUCCGCUCCCCUUCCCCCUCCGCGUCCCCGGCUCCCCGGUGGCCGCCGCUCCACCGCUGCCCACGGCGCGGCCCGCCCGGGCCUCCCCGCUCCCUCCUGCCGCCCGCGCGGCGUUUCAGGCCCCUAGACAUGAAGAAGGGACAUAGUAGGAACUCACCGAAGACCUUCAGCUCAUCUGGACACUCGGGGGUUAGACUAAACAACGAAGGUCUUGUCAACGACAGGCUCCUAAUAGAUUGUGGAGAGGAUCAGGAUUGUGUGCUCGGUGGCAUAGUUGCCCUGGGAAAGUUUGAUGCUCUCCACAUUGGUCAUCGGGAAUUGGCAAUGCAUGCUUCUAAAGCAGGGACUCCUUUUCUUCUUUCUUUUGUGGGAAUGGCCGAAGUACUUGGCUGGACAUAUAGGCCUCCUAUAGUUGCUCAUUGUGAUCGCAAGCGGGUCCUUUCAUCUUGGGCUCCAUACUGUAGGAAUGUGGUACCACUUGAAUAUCAAGUUGAAUUUUCAAAGGUCAGGUCCCUGUCUCCACGACAAUUUGUUGAAAGGCUAUCAAAGGAUCUUAGAAUAAAAGGUGUCGUGGCAGGUGAAAAUUACAGGUUUGGUUACAAAGCAUCUGGUGACGCAACUGAGUUAGUGAAACUAUGUGAGGAAUUUGGUUUAAGUGCAUUCAUUGUACGCUCUGUCAUGGACACAGCAAAAAGAUCUCUUAAUGGAUUUUCAGGCGCUAUAAAUUCGAGUGAUAAAGGACAGGUUUCUUCCAGCCGUGUCCGCCAUGCAUUGGCUAUGGGUGACAUGGAAUACGUCUCUGAAUUACUAGGGAGGAAACACCGUCUUUUGCUAAUGGUUAACCAACACUGCCUUCAUGAAAAGAAAAGCAUUGUACUCCCUAAUUCUUGCAUGCUGAACAUGCCACCAGCUGAAGGUCUCUAUGAAAACUGCGACCUUGUUAAUGGAGGGUAUCUUGGACCAUGUAGAGUGAUCAUCAACUCUGAUACUAUCAUCAUUGAGAUGAAAGAUGAUAACAGUUUAUCCCUAAAUCCUAUUCAAGAAGUUCAGUUAGGGAUUGAGUUUGGAUGAAGUUAUAUACUUUUUGCAUCUGCCAUCUUGUGGAGAUUAUUGCUGAAAGAAGACAUUGGGGGGAAUACUGCAAGGGGAAGUCGAAGACUUUGUUCAAGCGUGCAGUACGCCUCAUCGUGAUUGAGUUCAGGAGCAUUUUGUAGUCUCACAAGAAUGCUUUAUUACA